AUUGCAAUUUAAAAGACUUGAUAUUAAACGUUAAAUUUGAUCCUAUUAUAUAGGGAUAUUCUGUUGCACAUAAACACUCUCACCUCACAUCUAUAAAACAUAAAUCAACAAAUGCAUGAUCACGGUGGCCGGAUCCGUUUUUUCGCGGUGGUGGCCGUGGCGGCCACGUUGCUAACAUGCGCGUGCAGUGAUCUCAUCAAGGUCGGAGGGAAGUCCGGCUGGAAACCCAACGUUAACUACACUCAUUGGGCCGCCCAUCGCCGCUUUUAUGUCGGAGACUGGCUAUAUUUUGUGUUCGAUAAGCACUACUACAACGUGUUGGAAGUGAAGGAGGAGAAUUACGAGAGGUGCGACGACGGGGAUUUUGUGAAGAACGUGACGAGGGGAGGGAGAGACGUGUACAAUUUGACCGAGGCGAGAUCUUACUAUUUCAUUAGUAGUGGCGGCUAUUGUUUCCACGGGAUGAAGUUGUCUGUCCAUGCCCGUGGAUCUCUGCCGCCACCUCUUCCUGCGCCGGAUAUGAAAUCCACCGAGAAUAGUGCGUCGCUUUUGAUCGGCGGCCAUCGGGCCGCCGUGUUGGUGGUGGCUGCGCUUUCCACUUUCAUCUUAAGAUUAUUGUGAGUUUGGUAGUUUGUUUGAUAUCAUAUGAAUCUAUUUUAUGUUUACAAGACUAGUGGACUAUCUAGGAUUUGUUUGAAGUUUACAUAUUUAUAUGAGAUAUACUAUUGUUUUUUUA